ACACAUAAACGCUGUUUGGAAUCCUUCGGGCAAUUACAGUAAGCAUCAUGGACAACGAUCUCCACAAUAACGAGGACAACCAGGCGGUGAUGCCAACAGACAAGGCGCUCCUUGAAGCUCGCCUUCGCGCACUGACCGAGGAGUGGGGGCUGUCCCCACUUGGGCAGAACAUUGCAUUUUUGUGGCUGUCCAAAGCCGCCACAGAUGACACGGGCAAACUCACCCGGCUGCGUCAAUGGGCCCUCAUGGAGCUCAACAAACAACGCCGCCCUCCCAACAUGUCCCCAUGGCAGUAUGGAUGUCCCAGUCUCUUGCCAGGGCUUCGAUCACGACCUGUGUGGGACGAAGACAUGCGGACAACGUUUCCAUGGAUCCAUGCACUCGAAGCCGCGUUUCCUGCCAUUCGAGACGAAUUGCUCGCACUCAAGAACGAUCCGUCGACGUUUCAGCCGUACCGCGCUCCUUCGUGGGCCGGAGUGAAACAGGCCGACGACGGCAUUGGCAGCAUCAGCCAUGACGCUGGCGACUGGAACGUCUACUAUCUGCACCUCCACGACGUCGACUACGCCGCCAACCGCCGGCGGUGUCCGGUUACCACGGCCGUGGUGGAGUCCAUUGGAGGCCACUACAACCACGCGUUCUUCUCGGCGAUGGCGCCGCAGACCCACAUCACUAAGCACCAUGGCCCGACCAACAAGAAGCUCCGAUGCCACCUUCCAUUGGUCGUGCCUUCUCCCGACUCGUGUCGGCUGCGCGUCGGGGACGACGUCGUGUCCGUCCGCGAAGGCGAGUGCUUUGUCUUUGACGAUUCCUUCGAACACGAAGCCUGGAACGACCACAUGACCAAGAGCCGCAUCGUGCUAGUCCUGGACGUGUGGCACCCGUCGCUGUCGGCGCCAGAGACCAAGUUCUUCAAGUUCCUGCAAAAGGCCCGCCUGAAAGCCGAGCGAAAACUCGCGGAAGACGACGUCGAUGGCUUCUACCACAUCCUCAACGAGGCCACCCACGUCACGCCAAACCCACUGGCAAUUUGGAGCUGACCCAGUAGAUACACCUUGAAAUGACAACAACAUCCAUUGCAAUUCCGUCGUAAGAUGACCG